UGUUUGAUGGGCUUGAAUGUCUUUAACAGUUUGCGUGUCUCGUUCGCCUCAGUACUGUGUGUACUCCAUACUUGUAGUCUUUGAAAACCAAAGUAAAGUCAAGCAGUAAAAAUACAAAAACAAACAACAACCGAAAAACAACUUGUAUUUUAUUUUUUUAAACAUUGAAAAGAUUUCCCUCUAAUCUACCACCAUGGAGAUGGAUUACCGUGAAGAAGUCGGUGAUAAAAUCAAAGCAGGCGUUUAUAGUUUGACAAAACCUAAAAGUGGCAAAAGUCUGGCCUGGAAAGUAUUUUCCAUAAUUUUAAAAGAAAAUGGUCGAAUUCUCGACGGCUUAGCCUACUGCAAUAUGUGCAAAAAUUUAUUCAAAUACAAUGGCCAUUGUACUUCCAAUUUGAGACGACAUCCUUGUUUUGAGGCUUCAUAUCCGCCAAAAAUUUCCGAGGAAAAUGAGGUAUUAUCAGAUUCAGAAUUGAUUAGUCAAAAUGAAGAAAUUACCAUCAAACAUCAAUUGGAGAGUAAAAUUCGUAAUGGAGAAUACAAAUUGGUGAAUAAAUCGAAUUCACGAAGUCAACUUUGGUCAGUGUUUUCCUGGUUUUGCGAUGGCACAGGUACGCUGGUCAAAGAGUGGGUCUAUUGCCGUCACUGCAAGCAGGUGAAGAGAUCUUAUAAAAGUGUUACCACACAUUUGUUGCGUCACAAAUGCUUUAUCAAAUGGAAACGAGAGCAGCCAGCAAAAAAUAGUACCGAGGAGGACAGUGAUGAGGAUAAAGUCAAUGAGAUGGCAAGUGGUGGGGAAGACAGUAAUGCAAAUAACUCGAUGCAGAAGUUUAACAGUGGCAUGGACAGUAAAAUGGAAAUUGAUGAGAGGCUACCAUCCAAUGCAAAUCACCAACAGGAUAUGAAGGAAAAAAUCAAAAUUGCCUUUAACAUAAGAAAAGGCACCUACAAACUGAAACCCCUGAAUCGUAAAAGCCUUAUAUGGAAAACCUUUGCCUUGAUACAAAAACCUGAUGGCAGCCAGGUGGAAGGCUUUGUCUGUUGCCACAAAUGUGGUCGUAUCUUAAAGAGCAAUGGCAUAACAACGGGCAAUUUAAAUCGUCACAAAUGCUACAUUGAUACAAAAAAACUUCCAAAGAGCUCUACUCUACAGGCUAGUAGACCAGCACUGAACAUGACUAUGGCCGAUUCGGAUAAUGAUAGCCAACACCUAUCAGCAUUUGAGGAUGAAGAAGAAGACAAUUAUACUUUUGAGAUGUCCAUGAUACAACAAAAUGUAGAGCAGCAACUGAAAAGUGGGGCCUGCACUUUGAAAGCUAAUACAGAUUGUCUUGACAAUCAAUUGUGGUCUAGAUUUGCUUUUAUUGUCAUGGAUAAUGGGGCCGUAUUGAGGGGAAUGGUAUGUUGUCGACUUUGCCAAUUGGUUUUGAAAUACAAUUUCAAGACCAAAGAUGAAUUUCAUCUGAAAAAACACAAAUGUUGCGCUUCAUCGCAGAAUAGGCUGUCUAAAAAUCCAAACAAUGAGGAUUUAUCCUACUGCAAUGAAUUACAGCAGGAAGUGGCCAUAACAAAUGCAGCCCAAGAAGAGGAACAAGAAAAUAUUGAAUAUCAGGUGAGAGCGAUUAAAGAGGAAAUCAUUGAGGAUUCCUGUGUGGUGGAAGAAGAAACCAUGUUGAACUCCUAUUGCAUAAAGGAGGAAAUAGAUAUAUACCCAAAUCAAUAUCCAGAUCCAUCGUCUGAUCAUGAUGCCUUCGAUAACCAACCUUUGCCCUCUGAAAUUGGGGAUUGUUAUGAAUUAACCGCUUGUUUGGUGGAGGAAAAUUUGAAAAAGGGCAUAUUCAAGGUGGUGUUAAAUGCUUUAAAUAGCCGCAGUGCUACCUCGAAAAUUUUCGAAGCCAUACAGAAUGCUGAGGGCAACUUAAUACCUUGGCUACGUUGUCGCCAAUGCAAAAAAGUAAUGAAGAAAAAUGCCAAAAGCACCUCUAAUCUAUGCCGCCAUCCUUGCUAUGUGGCCACCAAAGCAGAUAAGAAUAAAGAUGACAACGAAGAGGAUUUGCAAAUGGAUGGGAGCUUACAAGAAGCUAAAAAAUCAAAAAUAGAGGCUGCAAGUGAGCAAAUUGCUCAAAACAAGCUAAACAUAAAAGAGGAAUCCCAAGAAGAUGUGGAUAUGGAAGAAACCAUCGAUGAACAAUGGCCUAUUGAAGAUUCCCAAAAAGAAACCUCCUUGCAAAAUGAUUGCCUGCCUCAGGAGGUGGAAGAAAAAUUAAAAAAUGGCAGCUACCAGUUGGUCAAUAAACCAAAUGGCCGAAGUGCUAUCUGGCAUACAUUUUCAGCCAUUAAGGAUGAGCUGGGAAACAUAAUCCAAUGGGUGCAGUGCCGCAAAUGUAAACAAUUUUUGAGAACCAUCUUCUCGACCACUUCGAAUUUAGUUCGCCAUAUGUGUUUUAAGCAAGCCAAGGAAAACCAAGAAAUCAAACGAAAAUUCCAACCAUGUAUCAAUUUCAUCAUAGAAGACUGCUGCCCUACAUCGAUUGUUGAGGGUAUGGGUUUUCGCAAAUUCAUAGAGCACUGUUUGCAAAAUGGAGUCCAGCAAAUUGAUAACGAUGUGGAAGUACAAGAUUUCAUACCCAGUCUGCAGACUAUGGCUGAAAUCUUGGAGAAAAUGGCCAAUGAGAAAAGGCAACAAGUCAAAGAGAUAUUUCUAGAUAAAGAACAAAACGCUGCCAUAUCCUUGGACAUUCAUUUCGAUGGUUAUAUGCAGAAACACGUUUUGUGCGCCCGCUUACAUUUUGCAACAAAAUUUCGCUUAUACGAUAUUACACUAGGUGUGAAAUUGUUAGAGCGGCCUGAGAUCUAUGAGAACGAGUUGCAAGAGUUGUUGAAAAAAUAUGACUUAGUUGACCACAUGGAAGAUAUGGUCUUUGUUUCGCCCAGUGAUGAAUACUUCGAUAAGGCGUUGGUCAACUGUCACCGUUUGGAAAGUGCAAGCCACCUAUUUUCCAAAAUUUUGCAAGAAGCCUUUAGAGAAACCCAAGAAAUGCUGCCUAUAAACGAACUAAGCCAAAAGCUAUUGAGAAAUAUAACAUGCCCAGGUGUGGAGAACACCUAUGACAAGUUCAAAGUUCUAAGCUUAAAUUGGCCAAAAAUCAAGCAGCAUGUAGAAGCAACAUCCUCCCCUUCAAGCAGUAGCAAUGAGCCAACAUUACAAAUCUUUGCAGGCUUACUUGACUUGUUUAAAAAUUUUGAUUUUAUUUUCAAAAGUCUGGAGGAGACACGAACUCCCUCCUUAUGUUUUGUCAUACCCUCCAUAAAUCGUUUGAAAGCUAUAUGCCAAGCAUUGCCUCGCGAUCUCAAAGAGAUAGCAGCCCUCAAGAAUUGUAUUAUGCAAAAAAUCGAUAAAAUUUGGUUGAACACCAUCAGCAUAUGGCACAAGGCCGCUUUCUUUUUAUAUCCACCCGGAAGACGAGAACAGCAUAAACAUUUCGAAGAAAUAAAAGAAUUUUGCAUGGAGCAAAUAAAAUCGUAUCCCGUGGAAACUCAAUUGGAUAAGGAGGAUGCCCCCUUAAUAAAAAUAGAGAAUGUGGAAUCCAAGAAUAUGACAGAGAACUUGGCGGAGCGAAGCGAAAUAAAUUUCUUUUUUCCCAAUCUACAAUUGAAAACUGUUACACCCCAACUCAAUAUAAAAAAGGAAAUCUCCCGCUACCAUGCUGAAAGUUUUCAGUUUGAGGAAAAAUUUGAUGUUUGUCUUUGGUGGCAGAAUAAUUGCCACGACUAUCCCCUUUUAUCUUGGCUAGCCCUGCGCAUAUUGUCCAUACCCGCAAGUGCCAGUUGUGCGAAACAUAUACUGAAUAAAAAUCCGAAUUUGCUAACAUCACCAGAUGCCGAUAAUAUAAUAUUUUUAAAUUCUAUUAAAUGUAAUGGAUUGUAAAAAUAAAAUAUUUUUGUGUAAAAAAAAUAAAUUUAA